AUGCCUCUUCCUCUGCCCAUCCGACUGCUCGCUUUGGUUUAUGCACUUGACGUGUUGAAGGUCAUCCGAGGAAAAACUUUGAAGCUCGAUGUGAAGUACAAACUUGUGAAAGGACGCGGCUUCGGAUUAUUUCAUACUCUGGUGGACGAGAAGGGCCAGAAGCUAGACGUUUUCGUUGACACUGGAUCUGGUGCUUUCUUCCUCAUCUGGAAAGAUUGGUUCGAGAGAGCCACUGGACACCGCUGCAGUGCUUGCCCUAUGGGAUGUUAUAAAUGUUCGAAGCGUUGCUCUGUGGGAAGCGUGACGACAACUAUUAAUUUCGCUGGCGGAUACACGGUGAGCGUGUUUCCGCAUGAAGCGAAAUUAACGGUGGGUCAGGUGUCACAGACGCUCACUCUCGGACUGAUAUUCAACCAGACUCCUGCCGUCACAGAAGUAACUCCAUUGAAUCUGAUGGGUAUUGGCUAUGAUAGAGGUUUGGCGAACUUCCCGUCCUUGAUGACGCAGUUGCGAUCGUCACAUACUAUAACGACCGAUAUCAUUGCUCUUUACUUGUAUCCUUCCGCUGAUCCCAAGAAGGCAACCGCUGAUGGAGGCCUCCUCCUGGGUGGAGGCGAUUCUGAAUUAUAUGAGGGUGCAUUGAAGUACGUCGAGUUCUCUAGGGACAAAGGAUACAUCGUGAACAUUAAUAAGCUACAAGUCGGUGAUGGACACAUAUUUCCUGGUAUCAAUGUAGAUGCAAUACUUGACACCGGCACCAACUUAAUGUACGCCCCAGGACUAUACUACGACAGGCUCAUCGAGAAUAUUAAAGCCCAAACUAACGAGGCUGCAGGUACGCAAGUCGACUUCAAGUAUGAUCGGGAGACAUGGGUCUUUCCCUGCCAAUACAUGACCAAAUUGCCACUAUUGCAAUUUGGCUUGGGCCCUCAGGGCAUGACCCCGUUCUCGAUGACAUACAUGCACUACGCUAGGAGAUUCCCUCCUACCGUCUGUCGUCUUGUUAUUAUGAAGGGCCGGUGGAGCGAAUGGAUAUUCCCCGAUCGUAUGCUGAUCAAUAAUUAUUUUCAGUUCGAUCCUACUUCUAAACGAGUGGGAAUCGGCAAGUUGAGACCGCGAUUUCCGUGA